AUGUCCUUUAAGGAUGUGCGGGAUCUGGGUGAGCAUCUGAAGCUGUUGGGCUUUCCUCGCGUCUUUCCGCUACAGUCGCUGGCCACGCAUCACGGCAGCCUGGCCAGCUUUCAUAUUGUCGCCGAGCUGUUGCAAUGGCUCGCCGGUCUCCUGGAGCCGGGCACUGUGCUCGCCGGCGGCGUCGAGACGGAGGAUCAGCGUGUGCUCCUCAUACGCUCGGCCACCGAGUUCUUUGUGACGAAAUCGGCCAUACGGCUCAAUCCCCGCAAGCUGUAUGCAGCGGCUGCCGUUAGCGCAAUGGAGCUACAGAAGAUAACACGCCUGCUGAUUGCGCCCGCCCAGACGGAAGCCGAGGAGCGGGAUGAGGAGCGAGAGCAAUAUCGCAGUCUCAAUCAAGUGGAUAUUGGCGAUAAAAUGGAUGAACUGCGUCGUGCCCGUGAACUAUCGUCGGAUCUAACGCAGCGUGGCGCCGCCCUCUUCGAUCUGCUGUCCAAGGAGCUGGUGAACAAAGAGGCGCGUCUUGCCCAGGCCCAGCGACCCAUGGAACUGCUGAGCGUGGAGCGCACCAUGAAGAAUGCCAUCCAGGCCAGCCAGCUCAAGUUGCAGUCGAGUCGUGCCCAGCUGGAGAAUGCGCGUGUCGAGCUCAAUGCCCUCAACUCGAAGCUGCAACGCAAGCGGGCGGAGCUGGAGCGGACCAAGCAGCGUCUGGAGGCGCUUCAGAAGAUACGUCCAGCGCACAUGGCCGAGUUUGAGGAGUGCGAAAAGGAGUUGCAGCAGUUGUUCCAACGCUAUUUUCUGCGCCUCCACGUCCGGGAUGCACUGCGUACACAGCUGGAGGCGCGCACCAAGCGACGUGCCACGCCCAUUUCAUCACCAUUGCUGCAGAAGCCGGCAGAGAACUCGAUGCCAUUUAUACCCGAAGGUCUCAUCGAGGACGACGACGAUGACGACGAUGACGUUGAUGAUGAUGAUAAAAUUGUGGGUGUGGCCCUCCAAGGCCCAGGCACAUUUGGCCUAGACUCGGAGAUACCCGACAUACGCGAUGAGGAUCUAAUGCUGCGACGCAGCAAAGCAGCCAAUGCAGCAGCGGCCAAUGGAACAGCGGCGACUGGAAAGCGACCCGGAACCGCCACCUCGCGCAUUCGUCCGACCACCGGACGCAGUCGACGUGCAACAGCGGCUGCCGCAAGCGGCGCUCCGACGACCCGCAACGGACGCGACGGACGCAACGGACCUGGCAGCAGCAUGCUGAAUAGACGCGAUGCGGACGACAGCAGCUUUGGCAGCUCCGAUAGCGAACUCGAUGUGGGUGACAUUAUGGGCAUGAGUGGACUAAGCGGCAAUGCCGGCACCGGUGACGACGAUUUCGAUCUAAACUCCAUCGAUGACAUCAGCAUAUCGAAGCUAACGGGAGAGUUGCCGCUGCGACCGAAAACGGCCAACAAGCCGGAGCACCACAGCGACGAGGACUUUUAAGCU